AUGUCAGAUAAGGAAUGCUGGGAAGAGUUUCACAAGCCCAAGGGGGCAGCUUUGAAAGGAUUCCGCGAUGAGUUGGAAAACUCUUUGGAACAGUCUGGCUUUCUUAACACAUCGGACAUGACUGUUAUACAAUCUUUUGUCUUAUACACUGUAUGUGGCAGAUUCGACAAGCGAGGACCGGAUACCAAUCGCUUGAAAGAUCUCGCGGUCAGGCUGGCUUUCCAAAACAAUCUACAUCGGGAUGGCCUGGAGUUCGAUAUGCCCCCUUUCGAAGUCGAGAUCCGACGUCGGCUAUGGUGGCAGAUCUGUGUCCUGGAUGUGCGGACUGCCGAAGACAAUGGCUCGGAUCCACGAAUCCUUACUACAUCUUUCACCACGCGAUUUCCUUCUAAUUUCAACGAUGCAAGUCUCCACCCUGGUAUGAGCGAGAUGCCUCAAGCAUAUUCAGGGAGAACAGAAAUGUCAUUUUCUCUGGUGAGAUUUGAAGGGAGUCAUUUUGCACGACGCGUAGUUUUCUCCGAUAAAUAUUGUCAAGAGAAUGCCUACGAUGUCUUAUCAGGUCCUGAGAGAUGUGUGGCCAUCAACAACUUCGGAGACCGAAUAGAGGAAGAAUAUCUAUCCCAUCUAGACAAGAGCGUUCCUUUGGACUUUAUCACCGCAGCGUCCAUUCGUCUCAUACUCGUCAAGCUCAAACUCGCAGUGAACAAACCCCAAACGAAGCAAAGUCAACACCUUGUCAUGCAACAGAGUUUCCGAAAGACUUGUGUCAACAUUUUGCAACGUGCUCGCUUGCUGCGUCAUUAUGAAAAGGGGAAACAAUGGCUUUGGCUUUUCCAGACAUACCUCGAGUGGGAUGCCCUGUCAUAUCUGUUCAUCAAUAUGUCUCUAGUACCGUCAGGGGAUGACGUCGAAUUAGCAUGGGGUGCUGCUGAUGACAUCUAUGAUUAUUGGAAGAACCACAGCGAUACGUGUCUCAACUAUCGCUGGAAAAAUAUCGAAGACCUACGUUCCCGGGCUUUAUACGCCAGAGGCUUGGUGCAGAGGGAGCCCAGUGUCUUUACAAUGUCACCCGUGGGUAGCUGUGAUCCCAAUCACUGUGAUAUGAACACCCAAGUCCAAAGCGCACCCGUUAGUCAAGCAGAAGUCGUUUCAACUGCAUUGCAAGGCGAAGGUAUUACGGAGAGCCUGACCAUACCCAGUGCGGGAACAGGUUGCCAGUGGAGUGCACAAAUCUUUGAGAAAUACUUCGAAGUGUUAGACUCAGAGCAUAACCUGCAUAGGUCAUGGCUCUAG